UUCAAAUAUAAAAACUUUGUUAAAAAAAUGUAUAUAUAUAUCUAUAUAUGAAGAUUAUUAAGUAAUUAAGUUGAGUGAACUUAAAGAAACAAAAUGAGUUUAAUUUUUAAAAAUUUGAACUUAUUUCGUACAGGGUUACAAUUGAAAAAUUCAUAUAUCAAUUUAGUGGUACGUUUUGCAAAUCAACCACUUGUUAAUCACAAUGAUCAAAUAGAAAUUCUGAACACGAUAUCAGGAAACACAAAUUGUAACUGGACUGAAUUAAAAAAUAAUGUGUUGUGCAAACAGGGUGUUUUGAACCAGAAGAAUAUUGAUGCCGUUAUAUUAAAAGUCCUGGUUACUAAUAAAAAAUUUGACAUUGCUAUAUCGUUUGCUAACUAUUUAAAAUCCUCUACAAAAGAAAUAUCGUUGGGCGCAAUGAACGGGCUUUUAAAUCUUUAUUACGAAUAUUCCAAAAAUAAUGACUUGUCCAAUGAAGAAAAACAGUUUAUUUUAGAUGCAUACCACAGUUUGUAUGAUAAGUACAAAGUGCUAGAUAAUUCAACUUGCGAAAAGCUGCUUCAUGCACUUUGUUCUAUAAAUGAGUGGAAAAAAUGUUUGAAAGUCCUGGAUGAUAUUUAUCUAACUGGAACUCCAACUCAUUCAGCUUAUAGUUUUUUAGUAGCUACAUUAUUUAAAAAUAACAAAAGGACCGAAGCCUUAAAACUUACUGAAAAAUGUACACAAAAUAAUAGACCGCUUCAAGAUAUUGCCUUUGAUGAAUGGAUUAACUAUAUAUUUAGGAAAUAUAAGGAUAAGGGUAUUUUAUUAAAGUAUUUAAAUGAAUUAUGUCUUUAUAUAUCAAACAACAUUGCCGUUGUAUCUGUUGCAACAGCACAGAAGCUAAAAGAGUCUUUUGAACAUUUAGAUUGGGAUGGAAAAUUGACAGAAAUAAACCAACACAGUGGUAUGUGUAAAUACUGUAAUGAAACAUUAGACUGCCUGAAAUUAUCUGAAGAAGAAUUUCAUAUGUUACAGAAGAAUGUCAAAGAAAAAUUAAUAGUUGGUUCAGAUCUGUUCCUGAAAACAUCACCUGAUGAAUUAAAAAGAUUUUUAAACUUUGUGGAAAAAACAGCUCCGUAUGAUGUAGUUCUAGAUGCUUUGAAUAUUGCUUAUACUGUGGGUAAAGGUGACAUCAAUGAUAGAAUAAGAGUUCUUGGAACUGUAAUAGACUAUUUUGCACAAAGAAAAAUGAGGAUACUGCUUCUUGGUAGAAAGCACAUGCUGAAAUGGAGAAAAAUGAAUUAUAUGAUACGAAACACUGAAAGUUUCUUUAUUGAGAAUAUUUCACAAGAUGAUCCCUAUUUUAUAACAGCAGCUAUCUUAAGCGGUGCUCAUACAGAUAUAGUUUCGCGGGAUUUGCUCCGAGGUCACAGGUUUUUGAUGAAGCAGGACAAGUUGAAGCAUUUGUUUCAGAGGUGGCAGUGGCAACACCAGUGGAUGGUAUUUGUGCCUUCAUAUAAACCAGUGAUUCAGGCACCUUUAAAUUUUACGCCCAUUGCGCAGAAAAAUAAGAAUGGGUGGCAUUUACCAUAUGUAUCAGAAAACACAAAAACUUUUGGGCAAGUUAAUACUGGAAUUCCUGAUUGUUCAUCUUGGCUUUGUUUAAGGAAAAAUCGUAACCAUAAAUUUAGUUAAUUGUAUGUUUGUAAUAAUAUUUGUUGUAACUUAGAUUUGUAAAUUAAGAUGAUAUUGCUUUCCUAUUAUUUGA